AUGAUGAAGUUCUUGGCUCUUGUUGUUUUGGCUUUGGCUGUUUCUGCCUAUCCUUUCGCUGAGGAAGGAUCCGGUGUUGUUGUUGAAGGAUCAGGAGUUGAAGGUUCUGGACUUUUCGUCGAGAAUGCUUACCGUAUGAAGAGAGACACCGAAGAGACCCAAACCACCGAAGAUGAUGCUGCCAAACGUCUUGAGGAAGCUGCUGAAGAAAUCGAGAAGGAGGCUUUAACCAUCGAAGAGCAAGCCAAGGACAUUUCUGAGAAUGUUGAUGAGCUCAAGGAAGAAGUUGAAGUUAUUGAGAAAGAAAUCGAAGAGCUUGAGGGAUCCGGUGCUGCUGAUGAGAAGAAAUGCGAGACUCUCUCUAUCUGUUACGAUAACGAAGACUGCAACGGUGGACAAUGCCUCGGAGCUUUCCUCGGAACUUGCAACUGCAACUCUUGCGUCAACUUCUGGAAAUGCGAAACCCACACUGAUUGCGGAGGACUCAAGAACUCUUGCAACGCUACAACUGGAAUGUGCGAUUGUCUCACUGCCCACGUUAAGAAUGGAUUCACCGACUCUUUCGAAGCCUUCUCUAAGCUCUGCAACGUUCAAAAGUGCGGAAAGGAAACCGCUUCUUCCGAUUGCCUUGGACUCCCAUGUAACACUGGACGAUGCUUCUGCUAA